AUGAUUGUUAAAGGGCUUUCGCAUAUUCAUCGCAAAGGAAUCGUCCACUGUGACCUCAAGCCGGAGAACAUUCUUGUGUUUCCUUCAUUGGAUAAAGAGAUUGCAAACUAUCAAUUGAAGAUCGCGGAUUUUGGAUUAUCGAAGACCAAAGAGGAGGAAGCAGAUGUUGAGUUGUGGAAGUCCAAGCCUAGAGGUACGCUGUCAUACUUGUCGCUAGAAGCGUUUUUCGGUCAUAUUGAUGCUCCGAUGGAUAUAUGGGCACCUGGUUGCAUAGUAAUUAAAAUACUCACUGGAUUUCUUGCCUGGGGUGAGAGUGUUUUGCAUGAGGAUUAUUUGACGUACUUGGUUGAGCAUUUUGGAGAAUCACCCAAGAAGCCGCAAGGAAUCGCUUUGUUUAUUGUGUCCCCUGUCCAAGGGCCUGAUGGCUAUGCUGUAGGUUUCUUGGGUCAGGCCGUCUUCUUCUCCAUGAUGGCUUUGCCGAAAAGGAGUUGGAGUCGGGCGAUGGAACUGCCGGAAGAAGGCGCAGAUGCAACUGCCGGAAGACGGCGCAGAUGCAACUGCCGGAAGAAGGCGCAGACAGGCCAUAGUGACUAA